UAAAACCCCGCGGCGGACGUUGAGCGGCCACAGCCGCGUUCUCGCUUCAACAGUGCUUGAACGGAACCGGCUGCUCGCGGCCCUUCGUCCAUCUCGGCCGUCCGUCCGUCCAUCCCGCCGCUCCGAACCGCUCCGUCCGUCCCGCUAUGGACUCCCAGAUCCGCCAGAACUACCACCGCGACUGCGAAGCCGCCAUCAACCGCAUGGCCAACAUGGAGCUCUACGCUUCCUACGUCUACCUCUCCAUGGGGUUUUACUUCGACAGGGACGACGUGGCCCUGCGGCGGGUGUCGCAGUUUUUCCUGCAGCAGUCGCGGGAGGAGCGGGAGCACGCCGAGGGGCUCCUGCGCUUCCAGACGCGCCGCGGGGGCCGCAUCCUCCUGCAGGACAUCAAGAAGCCGGAGCGGGACGCCUGGGGGUCGGCGCUGGAGGCGGUGGAAGCGGCGCUGCAGCUGGAGAAGUCGGUGAACCAGGCGCUGCUGGACCUGCACGCCUUGGCUUCCGAGAAGGGGGACCCCCACCUUUGUGACUUCCUGGAGUCCAACUACCUGGACGAGCAAGUGAAGGCCAUCAAGGAGCUGGGGGACCAUGCCACUAACCUGCGGCGCCUCGCUGGUGGGGCCACUGGGCCUGGGGGGGCCUCGGCUGGCCUCAGUGAGUACCUGUUCGACCGUCUGAGCUUGGAGGAGCGCAGCUGAGCCUCCCCCCGCCUUUGCCUCCACAGGCAGCCCCCAGCACCGUCUUCCUCUGCCCCCAGACCCUUGUAACCCCCCCGCCCCAUCCAAGGGGGCCCUGCCUGCUGGGCUCUCCCAGCAUGAUUCCAAUAAAGGGUCUGUUUUGCCUCCA